AUGCCACGUACAGCUCACCAGGCAGACGCGUCCAGAGGCGACAGCGUCGCAUCGUCUUCCUUGUCUGCGGAGUCUUCACCCAGCGAAGUCGACAGUCGUCGGGCUGCGACGAAGGGCGCGCCUGCUGCUGCCCCCAGCUCAGAAAAAAGAGCCGUUUUGCUGCCACCAGAGCCAUCAGAAGCGACUAAAGCAACAGAGAUGAUGACUGACGUCACCGAGGGGGGGUCGACAUCAACGGCGCAUACACCCAGCAAAGGCACCUUCACAGAGUCCGAAAGGCGUCGCCAGAAGACACUCUUCUUGGGUGAGUCGGAGCAGUUCGCCUUCGACUUUGGUGGCACUGUAACGGAGAUUGCUGAGACUAGUUUUAAAGCCGACGCAGCGCAGCAGGCAGUGCAACGUGUAGUGGAGUUAGAGGAUACUACCACUCGUUUACUGGCCGCGUCUGCCUCGCACGCCACCGCGGCCCCGCGGCCGCUGACGCUAGAGGAGGUGAAUGCGUAUGCGACAGAUGCCAUGCAGCAGGGCCCGCGGCGCUUCCUGAUGCUUGCGAAGGCGGGGUUACGCAAGCGAGGGGCCACAGCGACGUCCUCUGCCCAUGCGCCCCAGAAUGGGCCAGCGUCCGUCAACUCCGCGCUGUCCGCCCCUAAGGAGGCGAGGUAUGAGGACGGUGCUACCCUGGCGGAGGCCAUUCCACAGUUCCAGGCAGCCUUGCGCCGCUACGAGGCGGACCUCUGGCGUGCUCAUAGGCAACAUCGUGAGGAGGAAGCGCUGCAGCGCAGCAAGAGCAAGCGCAACCAGCGGGCGUAG